AUGGGAAAUCUCGACGGGGUUCACGACCGCAGGGAGAGCUUUGGGUUCAGCUGCACCGGUUGGUUGGCGACGCCCAGGGAGCGGGGGUGGCCGCUGGCGGAUGCGUUGUCUUCCGUGGGGCUCAGUUUUAAGUCCCCGGAGCUUGAGAGGCGGUAUUGCGAGGGGCGCACGGAGUCCCUGUUCCUCUUCGUGGACCGGCUGUCGGUGGUGAUGCGGCUUGGCGUGCCUGCGGUCGGGGUGGCCAUGCAGCUGAGGCGGUGGCGGGACGGGGAGGCGGGCCCGCCAGGGGCCACCGAGACGACGAUCAUGGUGAUUUGCAUGGCGAUCAUGAUGCUCCAGGUGACGCUGGCGCACAGCCGGGGCGCGUGGGCGCUCAGGAUGCGGGGGCCGGCGACCGUCUUCACGAGGGGUGCGUGA